AUAUAUUCUGAAAAAUCGGCCGUGCGUGUCAAACAAUAAUUUCGAGUUACGCCAUCAGGCGUGAUGUUGAAAGCGUCGCAAGCAAUAGUCAUUGACGAAAACUUUGGGCCGAAACCUGUAGCAGAUAAGGCAGAUAUGCCUGCAUUACAAUCAACUAAUUUUGUGAUUGCGCCAACGUACAAUGUAGAUGUAGAUGUUUGCUGUUACAUGGGUUUUCGUCGACAAGGCAGUUUAUACGUCUGGGUGCGGGGCCUCGGCAGUGUUCCUGAUGUUCCCCAUGCCGCCAACGUGUCAUUCGUGACAGAGGGCAGCGGUGUGGGGGUUUCAAAAGAGCCCCCUGUCAAUGUCAAGGUCAUCAAUUCAGACAGUUGCUUUGGUUACAGCAAUACCCUGACAUCUGAAGCACAGACAGCCUCGAAUCUGUGUUUUAUCGUGAAAGUAGCAGCCAAUGUGGAAGUUGCUUGGGAAACUAUUUACGUAGACAGAAAGUUAUAUGUAGAGAUUCCUAACAGCCUUCUGCCAGAGGGAUCGAAAGAAAGUCUUGUUACUCUACUAGAGUACGCAGAAGAACAAUUGGAUUGCAGCUAUGUCAUUCUGGUCUUCAAAAAGUCUAGAACUGAUAGGGCGUGUCUAAUUCGGACUUUCAUGUUCCUUGGAUUUGAAGUGGUGGUGCCGGGCAACCCAAUAGUGCCAAACACAGGUGAUCUGAUGUUCCUGGCGUACACCAUCGAUAACUACGAUUCCGAUUAGAACUUUUGAGCGACACAGAACCAUGUCGCGAGGCAACCACUUCAGCAAUAAAAAUCAUUAUUUGAUAUAAGACAGGGUUUUAUAUAAUGCAUAAUAAAAUACAAAUAUAUAUAUUUUAAACAUCUGCAGAUUGAUACAAUUAUGGUUUGAUAAGUGUCACAUAGUACAGAAUACAUCGUACAUGUACAUUAUUUAAAAAUUUAUUUGAUACUUUUCAGAGACGCAAUUUUGGUGAUAAUUCAUUAUCGCAAGCUAAAAAUCUACAAAUUUGAAACAAAUUAAAAUUUGUUUAUAUUUUUUUUUGACUUAGAAACAAAUUUAGACCGUUGGAAAUCGGUCUUGGUUCAUUGGAACAAAUUUUGUCCUUCACUGUUUUUUAGAUUUUAUUUAACAACAGGGAUAUUGGUAUUUUAUUGAGAAGGGUUGCCUCGUGACAUUCAUACCAUUUCAAAAGUUUAAUGUCAGGUGUAUUGACUGUUUAUUAUAUUGUAUUUUUAUGUCUGUUUUGAUGAAUUUGAUGUUUCUUCACCCAACCUCUAUAUAAAAUACGCACUUUUUUCCUACCAUUUCUCUAUGAUAUCUUUUACUCUCUACAUAUCUUUUCCUGUUCUUGUUGGUUUUGAAAUUCUCUUUUCUGUACUUUCUUAACAGGUCAUGGCAUUGUUUAGACAUCAUGUUUAUAAUUUGUUUUAAUAAAAUUAUUUGGAUCUAUUUUAAUGGAAAAAACACAAGUGGUUUUAAAUAGUUGACGUGAACUAUGAACUAUUGUAAACAACAUAAAGUUUCUAUUGGAAAAAAAAUUGUUUAUUUGAUAUAGAUAAACAACUAUGAAUUUUCUACACACUGUACACAAAAAAGCAACAACAUUUUGUGUAAAUUUUCUCGAGGGAAAUAAUAAUCUGAAAUUUCUAUUGGAAAAGUUCCAUUCAAAAGCCAUUUUGUCAUAUUGUUAAAAACAUUACUUCAAGCUUUAUGGAUUUUAACAACUUUCCAUGUAGAAUGUUACGAAUUCACAUAAUUUGUUAUCGUACCAUGGUAUUGAUUUUGUUCACCAUCAGGGGUUUUUUGUUUUGAACCAUUUCAGUGUGUUCAUCCCUGGUUUUAACAGUUUGGUAAACAACCAUUAUCACUACUGUACAUCAGUGUAAGUAAAUACAUACAAGCAUACAAUCAGAGUGCAGGUUUUUCAUAGAUAACUUAAAUAUAAUAUGCAUUGAUUUGAGUUUUUGUUAAAAUCCCUGUUCAGAUUGCAGUGUAGACAGAGUUUUGAUCUUUUUGUAUAUACACUCCAGUGUUGUCGGUGUAUUCCUGUUUGAUAAAAUAGAUUUUGCCUUGACCUAAUUUCUGUAUUUUGACAAGUUAUAUUGUUAAACUGAUAAAAGAUAAAGUAUACGAGGGCCUAAAUUUUCCUGUAACCCGAUAUUGUAAUAAAAUAUACAAUUGUACGCAUAGUUAGAUUUUUUUCUGAAAAUAGAUUAAGUAAGGUAAAUUCAUAAUGGAUUUGUUUAUGUGCACAGUGGUUUAAAGUUCAAUAAUGACUCGGUUUAAAUAAAUUUCUGAAAAUGUGCUGGUAACCUAGAAGUUUUGUUGGCAAACAUAUUGAUUUUAAAUUAUUUUUUUUAGAAUACUUUGCCUAUAUGUACUGUUAUAGCAAGGUACGUUGGUGACUUCAUGAAUUUGUGAUUUUGAUAGCGUGCAUAAUGGUUUUAAGAUAAUAAAAUAUUAUUUUAAAGUAGGGGAGAAUCAUAACUUUACACCCAAGAUACCAAACUCAUGGUGGGGGGUAGGAGGGCGACAUUUUUUUUAAAAUCUGCCCCGUGGUAUAUCAGCUUGAACAAUUUUACUUUCAAUUCCUGAAUAACAUAACCCUUUCUGUCACUAAUGACAAAAAGCUGCAUUGUCGACAAGAAAAAAAAGUGCACAAAAUAGUAAAAAAAGAGAAAAAAAUAUAUAAAAA